CUGUUAUGUUAGACCACAGCUGUAUUUAAUUUGACUUUGAGGGCCUCUUAAGUAAUUUAAUGUUAAUUCAAGUAUAUCCUUAUAAACUGUAGCACCUUUCCUGUUUUCGGAUUACUCAUUUUGUUGAAGUUAUGGAUCUAGAUUCAAAAGAAAUUUAUAAAAGAGUAAUUACAGACUUUUUGUGUGUUUUUGCCGUUGGUUUCCCUAUUUUGAUAUUUCGAUUGUUUGGAGUACCAUACAAGCGAGGAUUCUACUGUGAUGAUUUAUCAAUUAGAUACCCGUUCCAUCCUUCUACAGUACCUGAUUAUGCUCUUUAUAUUGUUGGAAUUGGACUACCAAUCUCAGUAAUACUUAUUUUUGAAGUGUCUUUAUUGAAGAAAUUCAAUUCUAAGAGACGAUCAUUGUUUCUUUUUGGUUGGAAAGUACCACCGUGGCUUAUUAGAUGCUAUAAAGAGAUUGGUUACUUUUGUUUUGGUGCAGUUUGUUCCCAGUUAAUUACUGAUAUUGGGAAGUAUUCUAUUGGUAGGCUUAGACCACACUUUAUGACUGUUUGUGAUCCUGAUGUUGACUGCAGUAUGCCAGAUUUUAAAUAUAAAUAUUUUGUGGAAUUCACAUGCAAAGGAACUAGUCCUAAACUUCUCCGAGAAUCUAGACUUUCUUUUCCUUCUGGCCACUCAUCAUUUUCUGCUUAUACAAUGGUUUAUUUGGCUUUAUAUCUUCAGGCAAAAUUAAACUGGCGAGGAUCAUAUCUUCUGAAACAUUUUUUGCAGUUUUGUUGUGUGGCUUUAAGCUGGGCCACGGCAUUAUCACGUGUGUCAGACUAUAAACAUCAUUGGAGUGAUGUUUUAGUUGGAUUGCUUAUUGGAACGACAGUUGCAUUUCUCAAUGCUAAUUUUGUUUCUGAUUUAUUUGGGUCUUCUUCCCUAAAGAAGAAAUUAAGUGAAACAACUACCUUAACUAACACAUCACAUCAAGUAAUGCUGGUCACUAAUAAUUCAUCAGCAGAUCUCUGAGAAAGUGAAAAAUUCUAAUUUUUUUAGAAAACUCUUGAAAUUAUGAAAAAAAAAACUUUUUGAAGGGAGCAAUUUAUUGUUUGCUUAGUUCCAUUGUGUAUUUUUAAAAAAAUUAAUAACUAAGAUAUCUGAUUUCUUAAAAAAAGAUUACUGAAAUGGAUAUACUAUUACACAUUAUUACAGAUAUCACAGUUAAGUUUCAUUGAUUGGUUCAUAAAUCAAACUAUUCUAAUGCAGAUAUUUUAAAAUUGUUAACUUGAUUUUAGUGAAGAUUUAAAUAACUGUUUGUUUUUUAAGUUUUAAAUACAGAUUGAUUGCCAUGAAGGACAGCAACAAAAGAUCAAACAAAAAAUGCUAUAGACAUUGUUUUCCUUUAUACUACCUAAAUUUUUUUAUAUGUUAUAAAAAAUGUUAUAUUAACAUUUCCACCUUUAUGUGCAGUUCUUUUGUAAUACAAUUGGUAUAUACUCUUUGGCUCUAAAUUAUUAAAAGAUUGAUAUAAUUUUUGUUUAUUAUCUUUGAUUUAAGUAAGAUAACCGUCAUUAAUUAUUAAAAAUUAAUUCUCCUUUAGGCUUCAACAAUUUGUUUAUUUGGGGCUUAACUUCCAUAUUUACUCCAAUUAGGGCUAUUAUCUAAGAUAUGUGUAGGCUUUAUUAGUCGUAAUUGGAUUAAGUUUUUACAUGAAGUGAAUUAUUUAUAAAUAAUUAAUUAUAAGUGAAUAAUCUAACUUAUUUGAAUAAUAAUUAAAUCCAUUAAACAUCUUGUAAUUCUGAUACUUAUCAGAAUUACUUUAUUAUUAUUCUAUGUUUCUAAAAUUACGUUAAUUUAUUUCACAUUCUGAAAGUUAUUUUAUUUCCUUUAUGCUAUACUGCUACCAAGUAUGAUUUGGAGGAUAAAUUCAAAUCAAGUGAAAAAAAUAAUGAUAAAUUUAAAUAUGAAUUUUCUAAUUAUUAUAUUAAAAAAUUUGUAUUAAUUUGAUUUGACUUUGAAAUAUGCUGUGUUUUUUCUUAAUUAUUUCCAGUUAUUUUGUUCUGAUUGGUAGUAAUGGUGUUCAAUUUUUUGAUCUUUCUCAUACCAUAAAUUUUUCAAGAUUAACCAUUUAGUUUUACUGAUAUAAAUCAUGUCCAUUUUAUUCUGUUUUAUUGUACUAACAUGGGAAAAGUAAGUUUGAAAUAAACAUUUUAAUUGUCAGCUUUUGAGCCUUUAUCAAAAUGUUAUCAGUUACAAAAUAAGUUAGUUUAAUAAUGAAAGCAACUGAUUAAAUUGUUAGUAAUCAUGUUUCAUGCCUUUUAUUGGACUGGCAGAGUAAAAUAUAUACCUGCAUUGUGUUAUAAGAAAAUUUCUGUCUGAACUUUUAGUGAUUUUUUUAUAAAAUGUCCAUAUUACUUAUGAAUUUAAUUCAAAUGGUAUUUUACUUUUUGUUAAAGUACUUUUGACCAACUUUAUGGGAUCUUGUUAAUCCCAGAUGCAAAAAACUUCCUUUUAUUUGACUGAAGAAAUCUUUGGUCUUACACUCCUUUAUGUUUUUAAAAUUCUUUCUUCUUAAUGAUUUAGAGACUAAAAUAAAUGGUAAUCUGAAAGGGCUAAGUCUGGUGAAUAAGAAGGAAGAGAAAGAGCUUCCCAACCAUGAUUUGGGAUUUUUCGCCGGGUCAUUUUGGAUACGUGGUGUUUGGUAUUAUAAUGGUGCAAGGUAACUCCAUUCUGGUCUCCUAAAGCAGGAUGUUAAAUCGGUAUACCAUCUCAUAAUCUGUUUGAUUGUUGGCAAAAUACUUAUCCUAUGAUUGUUUAAUAAUGUUUUAACAGUAAUCAUAUUUGCCUACUUCAUCAAACCCAAAGAUUAACUUUUUUAUGGUGCCACUCAGCUUUUGCUGUCCAAAAUAGUAUUCUCCCUCCCUCAACCAUUUUUUUGAGGCACAGGUGGAAAGCCAUUGUUGUUUAAAUUACAGUGAAAGAGAUUAGCGAUCAUAUAAUCCUUUUAUUGUUUUUCUCUAAAAAAAUGUUUUGUCCAAUUGUAGCUUUUGACUGGAUGAUUUUUCAACCAAUACCUUCUAAGUUUGAUGGGUAUUGUUCUCUAUUGAUUCUUUUAGGACGUUAUUAUCUAGCAUCUUUGAUCUAGCUGAACAAAAUGAGGUUUGAAAGAUUGAUAUUACCAACAUGAGAUUUUCCAAACUACCAACAUUACAUUGUUACUACAGUUGAAUUUAAACAGCAUAUGCCUCUAAUGUUCUUUUGCCAAUCCAUCUGGAGUUCUGAAAUAAUGUGAUUAAGAUGAUUUUGUUGUGUAAACAGGAUUUGUUACUCAGAGCUGAAGCAAACUAUUCCAUAUUAUUUGAAAAUAAACAUAAACAAAUGCAGAGAGUUAAACAAUGAUCACAUUGUGCCUUUUUAUAAAUUGAGCAUAAAUUUGACAAUGUCAAACGAUUAACUGGAGUAGUGAUUGAAUUCCCAAUAGUGAUCCAAUUUGUAUAAAAUACUUGGUACUCGGUACUCAGAGUAGCAUUUGCCCAUGUCUGAUUUAUAUUUAUAAUAAUAAUUUAUUCCUUAUAUGCCUGUUUUGUAGACCUCACUAAGGAAUUUGACCGUGUGAAGAAGCAAGACAUAGCAAAUGCCUUGGAAGACAAAGGCAUCGAAACAGGCCUCCGUAAGGCAAUUCUAAGUCUCUAUAAGACCCAAAGAAAUGUUAUGAGAACAUGCAAUAACAUAUCGGAAGAGUUCACAACAAGCAAGAGUUCACAACAAAUCAAGGUAUUAGGCAAGGGUGCAGUCUAAGUCCUCUGCUAUUUACACUAGUGCUAGAUAAUGCAAUAAAAAUUGGGAUACAAUGGAACUUGCAAUUUAACCUCCGCAUUCUCCAGGAAGAAUUAAGUAAAAUAAAUAUGCAAAUAAAUGUGGAAAAAACCAAAACAACGAGGAUUGGCAGAAAACAAGGAAGAGGAGACAGAAUAGUGUACUUGAGUGGAGUCCCAUUGGAACAAAUGAAAACUUUUAAAUAUCUCGGUGCCCACAUCAAUGAACAUGGAUUGAUCGACUGAGAAAUAAAGGAAAGAGUGAAGUCUGCUGGAAGGUGCUUCAACGCCAUCAAGCAAGGAUUCUUUAACAAGAGAGAAGUGAGUAAAGAGACCAAAUCGACCGUGUACCAAAAUACUUUCCUCCCAAUAAUGACCUACUCCAGCGAGUCAUGGACCCUCACCACAAAGCACAUCAGUCAGAUUCAGGCCAUGGAGAUGCGAUUCCUGCGUAGGGUCGAAGGAAAAACAAAGAGAGAUCGGAUAAGAAACUCCAUAAUACAGAAAAAUUUAAAUGUAAGAGCAGCCGAAACGGUGAUGGAGGAAAAUCGUUUGAGAUGGUUUGGUCAUGUCUCUCGAAUGCCAGAGAAUCGAAUGGCUAGGAUAGCGUUGGAAAGCAAAGUUGAGGGAAGAAGACCUCAGGGAAGGCCCAGGAAGACCUGGAAGGCUAGUGUCAAGGAGGCCUUUGACAGAAGGGAUAUUGACUGGAGGAGGAGGUGGCAGUUGGCUCAGGAUCGAGAGUUGUGGAUUUGGCUCUACAAGAAGGCUCCUCACACCGCUCAGCUGUAGAAGAGGAAAUGAUUAAGAAGAAGAAGAAGAAGAAUUUAUUAUAUAUAUAUAUAUAUAUAUAU